CCCACUUGCUGAGUUAACAAAUACUACUACUACUGUUGAUUAUGCAAGCGAAUGCGUUGAAGAUUUGGUUGGUUCACAAAUGGAAGUAGUACGUUUAAACUCAUAAUGGCAAUGUCGGCACCAUCUUAAUUCUGUUUUAAUGGUAGUAUGGUAAGUACUUAUACUAUCAACUAUAGUAAUAAAUGCUAGUACCAAACAAUGAGCUACUGGAAUUUAUGCGUCAGGGUUAUGCAGGUAACUUAAAACAUAAAAGCAAAACCCUGAAAACGAUUCAAAAUUCGUUCAAUUAUUCUUAGAUAGGCAGACAUGCUGGCGUUGCCUUUGAGUGUGUACAAUGUUUGGUAGUUCAAGUGGCAAAGGAGGAAUUUCCUCACUCCUGAGAUGCAGGGUAGUUCCCAAGGCCAAGAGGAGAACAAUUGUGGUUGGUCUCAAAUCCGAUAACAGCAGCAGAGAAAUGCUCCUUCGUUUGCUCAAUUUAGUCGUAGUGCCUGGGGACUAUGUUCUAUCUGUUCAUGUACAACAACCAAAUGAUACCUUUGAUCCAAAUACUUUUCACAUUCAUGAGGAUCUAUGUAAAUCCAAGCAGGUGGAUUUCCAAAUCAAGGUUUGCGUAGCAGACACGUACAUAACUGAGUUGAGUAAUCAAGUACGUAUAAACUUUGCCACAAUGCUUGCCGUAGGAUGCAGCAGUUCCAGGCCAACUGAUCAGAUUGCUGGCAAAAUUUUGAAAGAAUUGCCUCCUACUUGCUCCCUUCUCGUAAUGGAUAAUGGAGGAAAAAUCCUACUCCAGAGGCCGGGGACUUCCCAAGAAGGUGCUCCCAGUAAAGUAUUUCAAUCACCUCAGUCCUCUCUGUCAGUGUCCAGCAGCUCUACGCAGUCAAGAGACAAGUAUCAAAUUCAUAAAUCUUUGUCAAUGACAUGUUCUUCAACCACAUCUACUUCAUCACAGCCGACUAGAAAUGCAACUUUUCCUAGAAUCAAGAAGCUCAAUAAUGCUGCAGCUAAGAGUCUGUUUGAGAGAAUAGCUUGCUUAGAAUCAAUGGGUUGCGCCAGACGCUUCACUACCGAUGAACUUAGCUGUGCAACAAACAACUUCAGUCCCAAUUUAUUGACUGGAGUGGGUGGACAUAGUCAAGUCUAUCGAGCCAAUCUCGAGAAUGGCCAGCUUGCAGCAGUGAAGGUCCUUAAGAACACACGAUACGCCGAGGAUGAUCUUUUUCAAGAAGUUGAAAUAUUGAGUAAUCUGAAACACGAGAACUUAAUUCAGCUUGUCGGUUACAGUUACAGUAAGGAUAUGCAAGCAAUCGUGUAUAAUCUACUGAAGGACAGUCUGAAGCAAAGAUUAAAACAGCUUAAUUGGAACACAAGGAUGCAAGUUGCAAUAGGAGUGGCAAGGGGAUUGGAAUACCUCCAUUCUCAAACCCCACCUAUCGUUCACAGAGAUGUGAAAUCAUCAAAUAUUCUCUUAUCUGAUGAUUGCCACCCACAACUAUCAGAUUUUGGAUCAGCAGUGGUACACCAGGAAACUCAGCAAGAUUCAGCUUGUGUGAAACCAAUUCACGUUGUUGGGACAUUUGGAUACCUGGCACCUGAGUACAUCAUGUAUGGCAAAGUUGAUGAGAAGGUAGAUGUAUACUCUUAUGGGGUGGUUCUGCUAGAAUUGAUCACAGGGAAACGAGCCAUCGAGAAAGACCUGGAAGCUCAUCAUGAAAGCUUAGUGUUGUGGGCAAGGUCUCUGCUCAGUUGUGGUCUUAGUGACCGUCUUGUUGAUCCUGACAUAAAUGAGAACUACAACAAAGAUGAGAUGAAAACAAUGAUGUUUGCAGCGCGGCUCUGCCUCUUGCAUUCAUCUUCAAGGAGGCCAAAAAUGAAAACAAUCCUGCGUUUGUUUGAGGAGCCAGAGCACUGGUUAGAACUGCAAAGAAAGAGAGAAGAGCUUCUUGAUGGAAUUGGUUCAGAAGAUGAAACUUGCUUGUGCAGAUAUUAUGGAUCAGAUUCUGAAGAGGGCAUGUUCAUAGAGGAUAGCUGAUCACAUAUUCUUGAGUUUUCCAUGAUAUAUUGGUAUAUAUAUACUGGUGUUUUGUUUGUCCAUCAAUGCACCACUCUCUCUCAGCAACAACGAGAUACCUAGUGUGUUUCCACAAGUGGGAUCUGGGGAGGAUAGAGUGUACACAAACCUUAACCUUACCUUUGUUGAGGAUCACACUCUCUCAACCCAGUCACUGAAUUAAAAUGACAAAAAAGAGAAAACAGAAUUAAAGGAACCAUUUCUCUAGUAAAUUGUAGUUCUAUUUAAAAGUGAUAUUAGAGUGCCAAUAGAAAUGUCAUUAUGUAGUCAAACAUUAUUCCUGAAGUGUAAGCUGUCUUUUGUCUCAGAAAUAUGCUGAAGAUUUUUUCUUGAAUAACAUCGCAAGCAUUUUUUAACCUA